AUGAAGCCCUUUCAAGGAAUAACAUUUUGUCCGACUGCAAUAAAUAAUGAAAUCUUAGCUAAAAAAAUAUCAAAGAAAAUUAUUAAGUUAGGAGGUAUAUUUUCUAAAGAUUUGACCAGACAAGUUAAUGUCCUUGUUGUUGGGUCCACCACCAAUACAAACAAAUUUAAAUUUGCGGUGAAGCAUAGAUUCGAUAUCAUAUUUAUUGACAUUCAAGCCAUUGAUGACAUUUAUCAGCUCUGGCUGUCUGGAGAAAAUAUAUUGCCGGACUCUAAUACGGCAACAAUGACAGGAUCCACCUAUGAGAUGCUGAAGAUACUUUACCGGCGAUUUUCGUUUAAAUAUUUGCAUAACUUCAAUAUCUUCAUUGGCAGAAUAACCGACACUAACAUAACUUCCAUCGAUUCAUUGGUUAGGAGUAUUAAAAAGUUAGGGUGUUCUAGUUAUAACUAUCAAAACUUUGUAAUCAAAGAUACCUCUUCACACAAUGAUGACGAUGAUCAAGGUCAGAAUGGGCAGAUAUCCAUUUUUGUUACGGAUACUUUACUAGGAGCAAGAGUUAACGCUGCUAUUGAACAAAAUAUACCUAUUGUACAUUUCAAAUGGAUUCUCGAUUGCCAAAAAAGAAGCGCACUGUUACCGUACGAUCCCUAUUAUCUUUUACCAAAUAUUAAAGACCUGCCCUAUGAUUCAAUCGGAUCAAACUCUUGCGAUUGCUGGGAUAAAAUAAACACCACCUUUCCAACCAAUAUCGAUGCCCAAUCCUCUCUGCAGCGGCAGCAAUCCUCCAGUACCCUGACUCCUUCGCUCCCGAAAACAUCAUCCCUCUUGAAUAAAUUUAAACCAAAGGGUGAAAAAAUAUGGGACAAGGCAAUGUCUCUACAGCAGCAUAGUAAGACAAAUUUUUCAGUACUAGGGCAGUCACCAUUAUCGAUAAAUAACAAACAAGAAGAUUUAAGUGAUAAUAGUACUUUGAUUUUCAAAAAUUGUGCGUUUAUCAUUCAUCAUAUUUUUCCUGGCAAUCACCGUUCAAUACUAACCAAAAUUGUUGUUCAAAAUGGGGGUAAAAUUGAGACGUCUUACUUGAGCGGCAUUUACGAUCAUUCUUAUUACAUCAUUCCAAGUAAUAAAGCUCUUGACUCCUUCAAUGAUUUACCUGAGAUUAUAGAUGAUAAUGAUGGUAUAGUUACAGAAUUUUUCAUUGAACGCUGCUUGUAUUAUCAAAAAUUACUACACCCAAUAGAUUUAUGGUCAAAACCCUUCCUCAGCACAAUAGAGUUUCAAGUUUCGUCUUCUUCAAAGUUAUUGCAUCAUGAAUUUUCUUCUUCCCCUUUUCUGAAUGUUACUAUCACUGGAUUCUCUGGCGUAGAGCUGUUACAUCUGACUAAAGUAUUAAAUCUUCUAAAACCAAUGGGCAUCAAUUAUGUAGAAUACCUCAAUAAAUCCACUGACAUUCUGCUAAUCAACUUAGCAGCUUUACCCAGUAUCCCGAAAACCCAUCCGUUAUGGUCGAAUGAAUUUAGCGAUCUUUUUACUCAGUUUUGCAUUAAUAACAAUAAUGAUGAUCCUGGUGAUAAUAACAGAAAAGAUUUUCAAAAUAAUUCAAUCUUGAGAAAUUCGAUGAAAAGGAAAAUUGAAUAUAUCAAGAAAUUCCACUCCAUACCGGUAGUUACUCCAGCAUUUAUUUUUAAAUUAUUGUCCGCUGCAUCUGGAGAAAAUAAUGAAAUCUUUUUAAACAAUAUCAAGUGGUGUAUUAUCUGCCCAAGAGGACACAAGGACGAUUUUAAAUGUAAGAUAAAAAAACCAUACUAUACCAGCAUUAGUUCAGAAAAAAAGUACCAAAACAAUGAUCCAAAAAUCGACAAAACUAUUCUUUUGAAAAGAAACAAUUCCUCAUUAUCGGAGCACUCUAUGAAAGAUACCAAAAACGAAUUAUUGCAGAAAAUUAGAGAAACUGAUUCUGGAAGAAAAAAGCGUAGUGUCUCAUCGAGUAUCAUGGAUGUUUCUUCAGAGAGACAAAUGCCGGAUACGAAAAGGAUCAAGUUGGAGUCACUGCCAAAAAAUUUCGUUCCUAAACAAAUUAAACGAACCACGAGUUGGGGCACAAUAAUGUCAGAAAAUGUGCCUACAGAGCAGCCGACUGCAAUUUCUAAUCCAGAAGAGAUCCCAAGAACUGAGGAAGUUUCACAUACUCAAGUUACCUAUGGCUCCAUUCAAGAUAAGAAACGUACUGCCUCUUUAGAAAAACCUAUGAGACGACAGACAAGAAAUCAGACAAAGGAAUUAGAUUCUUGA